GUACCUGAGAUAGGUUUUGGUCCAUCAACAGCAACGAUGGGGUUGCUAAUUGCCGCUGCACUGGGCGUUGGUAGUGUCCUGGGGGCACCACUUGUACUGACCGGUGUGGGUUUCACGGCUGCCGGCAUUGCUGCUGGGUCAUUGGCAGCAACGAUGAUGUCAUCGUCAGCCAUAGCCAGCGGUGGUGGUGUGGUCGCUGGAAGCCUCGUUGCCCUCGCACAAUCCGCUGGGGCAGCAGGCCUUGCUAUCACUACCAAAGCUGGCAUAGCAGCCACUGGUGCAGCCCUGAGCCUCCUGGUGUAAGAAAUAUCUGCAAACAAUGUCAUUAAGACCAGCGCUUAAAUACUUGUCCCUGAACUAAGAAGCUUAUUUGUUACCAACCAAUAAAUCUUUUUUCACUGGUUUUUAUCCCAAUCCC